AUGGCCAAAAAAGCUAUCGAUUCAAGAAUUCCGUCACUGAUCAGGAAUGGUGUUCAAACCAAACAGAGAUCUAUAUUUGUCAUCGUUGGGGACAGGGCGCGUAAUCAGCUGCCCAAUCUACAUUAUUUAAUGAUGAGUGCUGACCUUAAGAUGAACAAAUCCGUAUUAUGGGCCUACAAGAAGAAGCUUUUGGGUUUCACUUCGCACAGAAAGAAAAGAGAAAAUAAAAUCAAGAAAGAAAUUAAAAGAGGUACAAGGGAAGUAAACGAAAUGGACCCUUUUGAGUCUUUUAUUUCUAACCAAAAUAUCAGAUAUGUUUACUACAAAGAAAGUGAAAAAAUCUUGGGUAAUACCUAUGGUAUGUGUAUUCUACAAGAUUUCGAGGCAUUAACUCCAAACCUUUUAGCAAGAACCAUUGAAACUGUGGAAGGUGGUGGUAUUGUGGUUAUUUUGUUGAAAUCCAUGUCAUCAUUAAAGCAACUGUACACCAUGACUAUGGAUGUCCACGCCCGUUAUCGUACUGAGGCUCACGGUGAUGUUGUUGCAAGAUUUAAUGAAAGGUUUAUACUUUCUUUAGGGUCAAAUCCUAACUGUUUAGUUGUUGAUGAUGAAUUAAAUGUACUGCCGCUAUCCGGUGCCAAGAACGUCAAACCAUUACCUCCCAAGGACGAUGACGAAUUGUCUCCAAAACAAUUAGAGUUGCGAGAAUUAAAAGAAUCUUUAGAAGAUGUCCAACCAGCUGGUUCUUUGGUUUCUCUAUCCAAAACUGUAAACCAAGCUCAUGCUAUUCUUUCUUUCAUUGACGCUAUUUCGGAAAAGACUUUGAAUUUCACAGUUGCAUUAACAGCUGGAAGAGGUAGAGGUAAGUCUGCUGCUUUAGGUAUUUCUAUUGCCGCGGCUGUUUCUCACGGUUAUUCGAAUAUUUUUGUUACUUCUCCAUCUCCUGAAAAUUUAAAGACUCUGUUCGAGUUUAUUUUCAAAGGAUUCGAUGCUUUAGGUUAUCAAGAACAUAUUGAUUAUGAUAUUAUUCAAUCUACCAAUCCCGACUUCAACAAGGCCAUUGUUAGAGUUGACAUUAAGAGAGACCACAGACAAACUAUUCAAUACAUUGUGCCCCAAGACUAUCAAGUUUUGGGCCAAGCUGAAUUAGUUGUCAUUGAUGAGGCGGCGGCUAUUCCUUUGCCAAUCGUCAAGAACUUGCUGGGCCCAUAUCUAGUCUUCAUGGCAUCCACUAUCAAUGGUUACGAAGGUACUGGUAGAUCCUUAUCUCUGAAAUUAAUUCAACAAUUGCGUAAUCAAAACAACACAUCCGGCCGCGAAGGCACUCAAACUGCCAUUGUUUCAAGAGAUAAUAAAGAAAAAGACUCUCACCUACAUGCUCAAUCCCGCCAAUUACGUGAAAUUUCUUUGGACGAACCAAUCAGAUAUGCUCCUGGUGAUCCAAUCGAAAAGUGGUUGAACAAGCUCCUAUGUUUAGAUGUUACACUAAUUAAAAACCCAAGAUUUGCAACAAGAGGAACACCUCAUCCAUCCCAAUGUAAUUUAUUUGUUGUUAACAGAGAUACUCUAUUUUCGUAUCAUCCUGUCUCAGAAAAUUUCCUGGAAAAAAUGAUGGCACUGUACGUUUCAUCACAUUACAAGAAUUCUCCAAAUGACUUACAAUUGAUGAGUGAUGCCCCAGCGCACAAACUAUUUGUUCUUUUACCACCAAUUGAUCCAAAGGAUGGUGGUAGGAUUCCAGACCCGCUAUGUGUCAUUCAAAUUGCAUUAGAAGGUGAAAUUAGUAAGGAGAGUGUCAGAAAUUCAUUGUCCAGAGGCCAAAGAGCUGGUGGUGAUUUAAUCCCAUGGUUAAUCUCCCAACAAUUUCAAGACGAGGAAUUCGCUAGUUUAAGUGGCGCUCGUAUUGUCAGAAUUGCCACUAAUCCUGAAUACGCAUCCAUGGGCUACGGCUCCCGUGCAAUUGAAUUACUAAGAGACUAUUUUGAGGGUAAAUUCACAGACAUGUCUGAAGAUGCUCGUCCUAAGAAUUAUUCUAUCAAGAGGGUGAACGACAAGGAACUGGCUAAAAGCAAUUUAUUAAAGGACGACGUUAAAUUAAGAGAUGCAAGAACAUUACCCCCUCUAUUAUUGAAGCUUUCUGAACUGGCCCCUCAUUAUCUACAUUAUUUGGGUGUUUCAUACGGUUUAACCCAAUCGUUGCAUAAAUUCUGGAAGAAUAACAAAUUCGUUCCUGUUUAUUUACGUCAAACUCCGAAUGAUUUGACUGGUGAGCACACUUGUGUUAUGUUGAACGUUUUAGAAGGCAGAGAACCAAACUGGCUUGUUGAAUUUGCCAAAGAUUUCCGUAAAAGAUUUUUGUCGCUUCUUUCUUAUGAUUUUCAUAAGUUUACUGCUGUUCAAGCCUUAAGUGUCAUUGAAAGUAGUAAGAAAGCUCAGGAUUUAUCCGAUGACGAAAAAUAUGAGAAUAAAGAAUUGACGCGGACACAAUUGGACGAUAUUUUCUCUCCAUUUGAUCUGAAAAGAUUGGAUAGCUAUUCGAAUAACUUACUAGAUUAUCACGUUAUCGUUGAUAUGAUACCCAUGCUUGCUCUUUUGUACUUCGGUGAUAAAAUGGGAGAUUCAGUAAAACUAUCUAGCGUACAGAGCGCUAUUCUGUUGGCUAUUGGGUUACAACGUAAAAACAUCGAUUCUAUUGCCAAAGAGUUAAACCUACCUUCCAAUCAAACUAUUGCUAUGUUUGCAAAAAUCAUGAGAAAAUUUUCUCAGUACUUCCGACAACUGUUAAGCCAAUCUAUUGAAGACACUCUACCAGAUGUCAAAGAUGAAGCUAUUGCCGAAAUGAAUGGUGAAGAAAUCAAAAACUACAACGCUGCCGAAGCAUUGGACCAAAUGGAAGAGGAUUUAGAAGAAGCUGGUUCUGAAGCCAUUCAGGCGAUGAGGGAAAAACAAAAAGAGCUAAUCAACUCGUUGAAUUUAAAUAAAUACGCGAUAAAUGACAACAGUGAGGAGUGGGCUGAGUCUCAAAAGUCUCUAGAAAAAGCUGCCAAGGCCAAAGGCGUUGUUAGUUUGAAAACUGGUAAAAAGAGAACGACUGAGAAGGCCGAAGAUAUCUAUAGACAAGAAAUGAAGGCUAUGAAAAAGCCAAGAAAGUCUAAGAAGGCCGCAAAUUAA